UAAAGUGACGCCAUUUUUGCGUUGACUAUGAGUCUUCUCCGUGUCAUUUUUAAAUAAUUAUUUGUAUUUUCGUUGUAAACAUAUUUUAUUUCAUUGUAUGUAAAAAAUAUUUUAAAUCUACUUAUUGUAAGCAUUCCAUGAGACAUAAAAGUGAUCCAUUAACUUGUGAAAUAGUGAGCUAAUAUCGUGCGCGGGAAAUGUAACCAUAUCUGAUCUUCCUCUGUCAACUAACCAGUAAUUUUUAUUGAAUAACAGCAAAUAUUUAUGCGUCAAUAUGAUUUCUCAUAGAAUUCGUGAAUCCAGGAGGUCAAGGCUUCCUAAAAUGCCUAAGAACAUAGAACGACUUUAUAGAGAAGGAAAGUGUCGGGAAUGUGCUGUUGUUGUAACUCGCAUGGACUUUGCCAAGAUACUGGGAAAAUUCACCAAAGUAAAAAUUCAAUAUGAGAGCAACUCGACUCCCAAAGCGAAAAAGAACGAGGUUUCAUCUCCGAAUUCAAAUAAAAGAUUGAAGAGUAAUGAAAAUGGAAUGGUUCUAAUCCACAGAACUGCCUACAAUCAACAUCCUGUUAAAGAACUAUUAAGCCCUAAGAGAGUCAGAAUACAUGAUCCGCCAAAUUCAAGGUCUUCAAAUAAUGUAUUAAAAGAGAUUAAUAGACUAAAGAAGACUCCAGCGGUGACAGAUAAAAACUCAAAUAUCAAUAUUUCUCAAUAUGAUGACAAAAGGAGAAAAAAUGCUUCACACUUGAAACGUUAUGGUAUAAUAUUUGUAGACCCUUCUACUAAUAAUAAUAAUAAAGAGAAAAAUCAUAUAACAUUGUCUGCCCUACUACCUGCCAUCAACAAAAGUAUAUUGCCAUCAGAAGAGUGGUGCAUAGAAUAUUUUCCAAAAAAUGAGGAACCAACUGAUGAUAAAGUGUAUGACAGAAUAGCAGCAGAGUUAGAAGAUCUCAUGUACAACGAAAAACCUGAAAAAAAGAAUGAUACAAAGUCGGAACUUGAUAAAAAUAAAAUUGAUGAUUUCCCUUCAAUAAUGGAUAUUCUCAAUGACAAUUCAAGUGAUAAUGACAACAAAACAAGUGACCAAAGCAGUUCAGUAGAAUUUAAAACAAACUUAGAGUCUAGUGAUGUUGAAGCCAUGCUUCUAGGCAAAACUGAGCCUAAAUUACAAGAAUCUACACCCAUGGAGGUAGAUACCACUAUUAUGAGCAAUUUAAUUGAAGAUGUUGCACAGUUAAAUGCUAUUCAAGGUACUGAGAGCACUGGGAGUAAUACAAAAGUGGAACUGGCUCCUGUUACCCCAGUUAUAGAUGAAAUAGAAAAUCCACAUAGCCCUUCAAUAUUGGACGAGGCAUUGCAGAAGGGAAUUGAAGAACACUUACCAGUGGCCUGUGAUCCAGAACCAAUUAAUAUAAAUACAACAGUUUCUGACAGUUCUGUUAAUAAAACCUCUAUGGAAAUCAGUGCAAUUCCUCAAACUCUCAGUACAAGUAAAGAAACGAAUGUGAUACUGGAAAAUGAGAAAAAAGCAGAAAAUGUGAGUGUCGAUAAGAAAAGUAAGCAGGAAAAUGUGUUAUUACCUAAGGUUGAUGUUACUCAUGUUAUAUUCAAGAAAAGUGUUAAUGGAACAUGUUCUAAAUCAGUAAAAUGCCCUAAGAAUUUAAAGUAUGUUAUAGAAUUUGAUGGAAAGACUGUUGAGUUUGUAGGUGCACCAAAGUUUAUAUCAAGUUUGGAGGAUCUACAAGUAUUGUUACAGAUUGUCAAUGAUACAGAACUGAAUAGCCCAUAUGUGUUGUGUUAGCUGAAUUAAUAUAUGAAUUUACUGAUACCUUACUGAGAUGUAUUACAAAUUUUGUAAAUUCAUUUUAUGUUGAUAAGUUCUAAUGUUUUGCAUCUAUUUAAAUUCCUGUACUCUAUAUACUAUUUAUAUCACUAAGGUGAUGAAAAUAUUAGUUUUAAUUAUCAAAGAAUAAUCUGUUAAAUUAGCAUCAAUUAUAAUUAAAACAUUGUGUUUUAUCAAUAAUUAAACUCUGUAUUAAUACAUCAUGAGCAUAAUUUUGCAGUCUAUUGACAGUUAAUAUCUAAUGUCUUAUUAUAUGUAUAUUUUGAAUACAAAUCCUGUUCAGCAUUAAAUAUUUUACCCUAGAACAGUCUAAAAGUCAAGUGUUGUAAUAUUGGUAGUAAUUAAAUUCAAAAAUUCUUUUUUUACAGUGUCUCAAGUAAACAAAGAUUAUAUAGUAAAGGAUCUUUACUGGUAAACAGGCAACAUUGCAUUAGCUGUCAAAGUUCAAGUGAAUAAUUGUUUUUAAUAGAAUAAUUUACAAAAUCUCUUUUAAGUGAUUGAUAAAUAAAGUAUCAAAUAUAAUUAUUUGCUAAAUAUUCAGUUUAUGUAACUUGUUCUAUUGCUAACAUUAAACCAAUUUACAUAUUGUCACAUAGUUCAAUCUGCAUUAGCAAUUGGAUGGAAGUAGGAAUUACUUAUAGUAAUAUAUAUGAAUAAAUAAUGAAAAUUAUUUCAUAUGCUGUAUGAAAAGCACAUUAAAUAUUUUUUAUUGAAGUUAUUAUUUUCAAAUUAUUAUUUUUACUUGUAAAUUGUCAGAUAAUUGUAAAUGUUGCCGACUUCAAUAUGAGUGUUCCUAGAAUAUAUAAAAAGCACAUCAAUAUUAACACUAAAUUUAAAUAAUUUUAAACUACUUAUUCAUUUUUGUAAUACUAGACAAAAACGAUAAUAUUCUUUUAGAUUUUUUACUUAUUAAUUAUCUAAUUUUUCAGUUGCAAAAAUAAACACUAAAAUUUUGUGUUUUUUCUCUAUAUGAAAAGUUAGGUACUAUGAGUACAUAAUAAAAAUUAUACUGUACCGAUUACAUUUUUUGAGUUCUGCAUGGUAGUAAUUUACCAUUUUCUUAUUCUUGGCAAUAUUUUCUGCUAUGUAUAUAUGUUCAACUGCUAUUCUAUAAUUAUAUGCUUUUUAUUUUACAAACUAAGUUUUACUAAUGUAGUUUGGAUUUUCCUCGGUAAUAUAAUUGUUUCUACUAAAAUUUUAAUUCCUGUUAACAUGGCAACAUUUUUCUUAUUUAUUUUACUAAAAUUAAACUAUUUCUUCAUAAUUAUGAAGGUUGAAAUUAAUAUUGAACCUUUUUGUUUAAUAAUAUUGGAAAAGAAUUCCGACAAUAACGUUAAAUACUUAUUAGAUAUUUCUACAAAUUAAAUGUGGAACGAAUCUCAUAGUCAAUGGUAGUGUUAUCUAUGAUACACUUGAAGACGUGUUCUAGUACGACCAUCUAUAUUUUACUGAAACAAAAUAAUGGGGUUUGAUUUUUAGGCGUAUUGCAUACGCCAAAUGACAAUGAAGGCAUUGUCUCCAAGGAAGGCACAUAUCAAAACUGCAACUUUUUCAACGACGAUAUGUGAAACGCCGCCGAUUUUUCCGUAAUCCUCCAUCCUAAUUAGUAUAUCGAGACUGCUUGCUCUGCCGAGUACAGUCUCAUGUUGAUCAUGUUCAACUUUUAAAAUACUCUAUAAUGUUACGACCAUGAUGCUCACACCCUUUCACUUGUUUUUGGGCCUUUUUACGAAAACGCUAGCUUCCAAAGCCGUCGCGGACAAUAUUUUUAAUGUUUUAUAUCUCUAUUUAAUACAGGUUUUAUAAUAUUCCUUGAUUAUUAAUUUCACAAGAAAUUAUUUUGUAUAAAUAAAUGUGCAUCCAAAAUUUUGUAUUUUAUUAAGAAAAUAGGCUAAAUACUAAAUAGAUGCCAUUGAAAUACCAUUUUAAAUUUUUUGGACUAAAUCUGUUUUCUAUUUAAUUUAAUUUAAAGCCCGGACAAGGACUUAGCAAUUCUGAUGAGACAAUACGCACGGUAUGGCGUGCGUGAUUGCCACCAAGCGCGUGUACCCGUUCCACGGUCCAGUCGCGCAUCGGCGCAUUACAGUGUGUGAUCCGCCUAAGAUUAUAAUAAGCAAAAAUAAAUAAGGCAGUUAUAGACAAGCGACACUUUUCAUUCAUUAUUUAAUAAUUUUAAAUAAGAUUUGUAAGUUUAUUCUUGAACCAAAACUAAAAAAAAAACUGAUUAUCUGAUUUAAGUUGAGUAUACACAUGCGGGUGUUGUCGAUUUAGAAAUGACGUUUUUUCGAAACGGUUUGAUAUAUAAUAAUAAUAAAUAUUUUGUUUAGAUAAUCUGUACAAAGACAGAAAAUCUUUAUGUAUUUAGAUAUAUUAUGCCAUACCUUUAAAAUAUAUAAAUUUCAGCAUUAAUAAAGAUCUAAUUACAUUAAUAAUUGUAUUAAGUUUGUGAUUUAAGCUGAAUUACCGAAGAGUACAUAAAAAUAUGUUGCCUUACGUCCUCAUUUUUCUGUAUCCAAUUAAUUAAUGUUUUUCAUUCUGUUUGCUGAAUAAAUAAAUUAUAAAGUAAAUUUUGAAAAAAUCUUUUCAAUGCAAAAUUAUGUAGUGAAACAUUAUUUUACCGCGGAAAUAUUUUAGAGUAAAAAAUUGUUAUAUUUUUAAUUUUUAUAAUUAUUUUAUUAAUAAAACUUGCAUAACUUUCUUUCAGAUUAAGAUGUUAAUGUUUAGAAUAUAGUUACUUAAAAUUCAAUGUAUAAUUAGUUACUAAGAUUUACUUAUAUAAUUAUAAAUAUGAAUCUUUAUAAUAAGUUGGUAUAUCUAUAAA